AUGGAUUUUGAGGCGCUGAAGGAUCAAUGGAGUGAUGUGGAGGACCGUGAUGGCAUCAGACUCAGUUGGAACACUUUCCCGAGCUCGCGCAUGGAAGCGUCCCGACUUGUCGUCCCCAUUGCUGCCGUCUACACGCCGCUCAAGGAGAAGCCGGAUUCGCCAUUGCUACAAUAUGAGCCUGUCACUUGUAAACAGCCCUGCCGAGCUGUUCUCAACCCAUAUGCCACUGUGGAUGUCCGCGCACGGAUCUGGAUCUGUCCCUUCUGUCUGAUGCGCAAUCCCCUCCCUCCCCACUAUAAGGACAUCACGGAGAACACGAUACCCCCCGAACUCCACCCGCAGAGCACCACGAUCGAGUACCAAUUGGCACGACCGGCCCCGGCCCCGCCGAUCUUCCUCUUCGUCGUCGACACCUGCCAGGAAGAUGACAGUCUGCAGGCCGUGAAGGACUCGCUCAUCAUGAGCUUGUCUCUUCUGCCGCCGAAUGCGCUGGUCGGGUUGAUUACCUUCGGGACAAUGACCCAGGUUCAUGAGCUCGGCUACACCGAAUGCGCCAAGUCCUAUGUGUUCAAGGGCAACAAAGACUACGCCGCCAAGCAGGUCCAAGAGAUGCUCGGCCUUGCUCCCGGCAUCCGCCCUGGUCUCCCUCAGCAACAACCCGCCCGUCCUCCUCUUGGUCCAGCUGCGCGGUUCCUCCUGCCGGUGCAGCAGGCCGAGUUCCAGAUCACCAACGUCCUCGAGCAAAUGCAGCGUGAUCCCUGGCCCGUGGCAAACGACAAGCGACCCCUUCGUUGCACUGGUGUUGCUCUGAGCGUUGCAGUUGGCUUGCUGGAAACCUCCUUCCAGAACUCCGGUGCCCGUAUCAUGGCCUUCACCAGUGGUGCAGCCACCGAAGGUCCCGGGAACGUUGUUUCCCCCGAGCUGAAGGAACCGAUCCGUUCGCAUCAUGAUAUUGACCGGGACAAUAUCAAGUACUUCAAGAAGGCUAUUAAGUUCUACGAAAACCUCGCCAAGCGCGCCGCGAACAAUGGUCAUAUUGUCGAUAUCUUCGCUGGGUGUCUCGAUCAAGUUGGUCUUUUAGAAAUGAAGAACUUGUCCAACUACACUGGUGGUCACAUGCUUCUUACGGAUAGCUUCACAUCCUCGCAGUUCAAGCAAUCUUUUGUCCGUGUGUUUGACAAGGACGCCAACGACCACCUCUUGAUGGGUUUCAAUGCUUCACUCGAGGUCCUUACGACCAAGGAACUCAAGGUUACCGGUCUCAUCGGCCACGCUAUUUCACUGAACAAGAAAUCAAGCUCGGUUGGCGAGACUGAGUGUGGUAUUGGCAACACUUGUGCAUGGAAGAUGUGCGGAAUCGACCCGUCCUCCAGCUACGGUGUCUACUUUGAAAUUGCCAACCAAGGAGGUCCCGCCGCUGUGCAGCCCGGCCCUCAAAGAGGCAUGAUGCAGUUCUUGACAUACUACCAACACUCUUCCGGAUAUUACCACUUGCGGGUGACUACCACCGCCCGACCCUUGAGUGGGCCCGCUGGUGAUCCGACACUGGCUCAGUCUUUCGACCAAGAAGCCGCCGCGGUGCUCAUGGCUCGAAUUGCCGUCUUCAAGGCGGAGGUGGACGAUGGCCCGGAUGUGUUGCGGUGGGUGGACCGUAUGCUUAUUCGGUUGUGCUCACGGUUCGCCGACUACCGGAAGGAUGACCCGACAUCGUUCCGACUGGAGAAGAACUUUACUCUCUACCCUCAGUUCAUGUUCCACCUUCGCCGAAGUCAGUUCCUGCAGGUGUUCAACAACUCGCCUGACGAGACUGCUUUCUACCGACACGUCCUGAACCAUGAAGAUGCGGGCGACUCGCUCGUCAUGAUCCAGCCGACUUUGGACUCUUACUCCCUGGAGCAAGAGGGGGGCAGCCAGUGCUCCUGGACUCGGCCUCCAUUAUGCCUGCGCACAUUCUACUCCUUGACACCUUUUUCCACAUCCUCAUCUUCCACGGAGGGGUACGAAAACCUCAAGGUGCUACUGGAUCAACCGAAGGAGGAUGCAAGGGAACUUAUCGCCGAUCGAUUCCCACUGCCCCGGUUCAUCGUCUGCGACGCGGGUGGUUCUCAGGCCCGUUUCCUUCUGUCUAAGCUCAACCCGUCGACCACCCACACUACGGGAGGAUACGGUGGCGGUGUGUCUUCGCAGACCAUCUUCACUGACGACGUCUCACUGCAGACGUUUAUGGAUCACCUGAUGAAGCUUGCUGUUUCCGGGACCAGCUAA